GAUACCACGGCAUUUGAGUGUGACGGACGCGUAUAUCGAAUGAGCAAUGAACUCUCCUCAGAUGCUCUCACGUGCUGUCCAAGCCAACUGCUAUGACUUGUGAUGUACGCGAAGUGUGCUUGUCCUUGAAUGUUCACUGAACUAUCAAGUCGUCGCUGUACCGCUUCUUCAAUUCAAGGCUUGCAUGUGUAAUCAAUGUUCAGGAAAAAGCAAAUAGAUACUCCAGUACAGUCAGGUGGGAUUUUAAGGUAAGCUUCGGUUUGUUACUUGCGCAACCUUGAUUAGUAGCUCGUUCUGGGCGGUCUACAACGGUUCAUGGUCGAUGGAGCAUUGGGAGUAAAUAAUCGCGCCGCGCGCCGCGACUUUCUCUUCUCUCGUUCAACCCAACUCUACUCCCCCCACCGGGGCGACAGAAUCAGCAAUGAUCAUGCGACGGCGACUUGCCCUCCCAACGGCGCUCGUCGUCCUGUUUUUGUUCUUCACUUUGCAGAUUCGACGCUCGUUAAAAGAACCCCAAACGGAUCCAAUAGCUGUCGAGAACGAUCAUUCGAGCGACCCUCCCAAGUCCCAAGCGACGGAAUGGGUCAACCCCCCUACAUACAAUGCCGUGGGCUCAGAUCAACCCAGGCAACACAAGUCUACCUCAUCGCAUCCAAUUCAGGUUCUGGCGCAGGAUGCGCGGCGCGAAUUCGAGGAGAUGCGGAAGCGCCAAUCCGCCUCGCUGGACGAGGCCGUCAAGGAGUACAGGAGGAGAUACAACAUGCCGCCGCCACCUCACUUUGACAAAUGGUUCGCGUUUGCCAAAGAGAACAAUGUACAACUGGUGGACGAGUUCGACACGGUGUACAACCUGAUCAUGCCGUUCUGGGGGCUCCAGCCAAAGACGAUCAGAGAAAGGGCAAAGGAGGCGCUGGGCGCCGACAACUUCCUAAUGGGCCUGGCGAUUCGAGGUCAUGAGGUUACAUACAUUCAAGGCGCGCAAGAGUGGCAACAGGAGGCGACGAAGGGUAUGAUGGAGAAAUUUGUGCAGUACCUGCCCGACAUGGACCUGGCUUUCAACAUUCACGACGAGCCAAGAGUGGUGGUUCCCCACGACGACAUGUCACGUCUCGUGGCCAGGGCCAAGGACGUCAACAUCCCAGCGGCGAAUGCCAUUAAGUCUCCGGUCAACGAUUUCAGUCAGACUUCACCAGAGCUGAGUGAUGGUCUGGGCUUUGACGAGACCAAAGUCACGAGGUUCAAUGUCUUUGCGCAUCAGCCGACGUGGACCCAUGCCCGCAUGUCCUGUCCACCAACGAGCCCGUCCCGCGUGCUCGAAGAGAGCGAGAGGAUGGACCAUCGCAGUGAAUACGGCUACAGCGAGCUCGGGUUCAUCUACAACGCUACAGCGUCAACCGAUGUCUGUCUCUCACCAUCGCUAAGCACAUCGCAUGGUUUCUUCAACGUUCCCAACUCCUUCAACAUUGUCCACGAUCUCUUUCCUAUCUUCUCCCAGUCGAAGAUCUCCACCUUCAAUGACUUGAUCUACCCUUCCCCGUGGUACUGGUACGGCAAGGUCACUUACGAUGGAGCUACGGACAUGGCAUGGGCGGACAAGAAGGACCAGCUGUACUGGCGCGGCUCCACGACAGGAGGCUUCAGCCGAAACGGCGGCUGGCGUCAUCAACACCGUCAACGUUUCGUCCAGAAGAUUAACGGACCCGACGAAGCACAUAUCAUGGUGAACAAGGGCACCGACCCCUCGCCCGAAUGGCAUGUCCAGUUGUCUCCUAGAGGUGACCACCGCGCCCUUAUUGAUGUUAGGUUCUCACACAUCGGCCAGUGUGAUCCCGGCGAUUGUGAGUCCGAGAUCAACUUCUUCAAUCCGGUCGUGAACGAGGAGCUGUCCGCUGCUUGGGGGUACAAGUACCUGCUGGACAUGGAUGGCAAUGCGUUCUCGGGGCGGUUCUACGCUUUCCUCCAAAGCAAGAGUCUUGUAUUCAAGAUGGCCCUAUUUAGAGAGUGGCACAACGAGUGGUUGAAGCCUUGGUUGCACUAUAUCCCUCUGAGCCUGCAGGGGGACGAUUGGCUAGAGAGCGUGAGGUUCUUUGCAGGCUCGGCUGGUAAGAAGCAAGCCCAGACCAUUGCGGAAGAGAGUCGUAGCUGGGCGAACAAAGUGGUCAGAAAGGAGGAUAUGGAAGCUUGGUUCUUCAGGCUUCUUCUAGAGUAUGCCCGUGUGAUCGAUGACCAGCGCGAGGUUAUUGGCUUUGAUCCAGCGAGUGCGAAGCAGAAAUUGCCUCCACCACAGGCGCAGGGUAAGGGUAAAGGAGGGCUGGAAAUGGCCUGAGCAUUGUCUGGAUUAUACAGUUAGAAGCAUGUGGGCACGGCGUAAGGCGCUUUUGUGUUGGUUUAAGUGGAAGGAAUACCAUAAUCUUGUCUUCCAUGCUAAACCCC